GCCGGCAACUACUCCAAACACACUGCUCACUGCUCACUGCUCACCAGCCUCUGGACACUCCAAGCUAUGGACCCGGCCGCCGCUUCCCAGUGGGCGGCGCAGACUGCCAGCAUGUGCCCCGUGGGCGGCGCUGCUGGCGCGCUGUUCGUGCAGCUGCUGGCCACGCUGGUGAGGGCGCAGUGCCAGCUGUCGGAGCGCAGCGCCUACCCGCCGGACACGGCGCUCCCGCUGCCGGAGUACGACUUCGUGGUGGUCGGCGCCGGGUCCGCUGGCUCCGCGGUGGCCGCCCGCCUCACGGAGAACCCCGAGUGGAAGGUGCUGCUGCUCGAGGCGGGGGGCGACCCGCCGCCCACCUCUGACAUUCCCAGCUUCUACCCUCUGCUGGCGAAGACUGAGGUGGACUGGGCCUACCUGACCGAGCCAGACGGGCGGUCGUGUCUGGCGUUCAAGGGCGGGCGCUGCCCGAUGCCGCGCGGCAAGGCUCUGGGCGGCACCAGCGCGCUCCACGCCAUGAUCCACAUCCGCGGCAGCCCUCAGGACUACGACGCCUGGGCCGCGCUGGGCAACGACGGCUGGGCAUACCGGGACGUCCUCCCGUUCUUCAAGAAGCUGGAGGCCUUCGACGAGAAGGAGCUGAAGAGGAGGCCGCACACCGAGUCCGUCCACGGCCGCGAUGGUGCCAUCCGGGCCACAAAGUCAGAGUCCCCACUUUCCUACACGGUCGCUCUGGAAGAGGCAGCCCGAGAGCUGGGGUUCAAAAUUAUCCAGGACUACAGUGCCGAGCCGAACCUGGGGUUCGGACACGUACCUUGCAACAUCGAGAACGGCACCAGGUGGAGUGCCGCUCGAGGGUACCUAGCGCCAGCCAAAGAUAGGAAGAACCUGCACGUCGCCAAGUCCGCGUACGCGACGAAGGUGCUCGUCGAUCCUAAGGCAAAGGCGGCGUAUGGUGUACAGUUUAUAAAAAACGGCGAGGUGAAGGAAGUUAGAGCUAAGAAGGAGGUUAUCGUUUCGGCAGGAGCUAUCGACACCCCUCACAUACUGAUGCACUCGGGAAUAGGACCAAAGGACCACCUGGAGGAGUUCGGCAUAACUGUCAUAAAGGAUCUGAAAGUCGGAUACAAUCUACAGGAUCACCAGGUUUACCCUGGGCUCUACUACACGAGGGAGCCUCCGCCGAAGAAGUCGCUCGAGGGCGCCGCCUUCGAGUACCUGUUGAACAGGACGGGGUUCCUGUCGGCCAGCAGGACCAGCACGUUUACAGGAUUCGUCCGGACGGAUCGGGCGCCUCCCAACCGAGUCGGGCUCCCGGAGUUGGACUCGCCGAGCUACCCGGACGUGCAGAUGCACUACUCGUACGUGGAGAGAGGACAGUCGGGCGCGCUGGCCGAGUUCUACAACUACGGGGAGGAGGCGGCGGCGGCCCUGGCGCGGCUGACGGAGCGCGACGACGCGCUGCUGGCGAUGCCGACGCUGCUGGCGCCGACGAGCCGCGGCCGCGUGCGUCUGGCCGGCGCCGACCCGCGCCUGCGGCCGCUCGUCGAGGCGGGCUACUACGCCGACCCGCGCGACCUCGACAACCACGUGGCCGGCGUCGCGUUCGCGCACCGCGUGGGCGCCACGCGGGCGAUGCGCGCCGCCGGCUACUCGGUGCGCGACCUGCCGCUGGCGGCGUGCGCCGACCGGCCGCCGCUGACGGAGGACUACUGGCGCUGCGCGCUGCCGCACCUCGCGACGACGCUCUUCCACCCGGUGGGCACCGCCAAGAUGGGGCCGGCCGGCGACGCCGACGCCGUCGUCGACCCGCAGCUGCGCGUCCACGGCGUGCGCAACCUGCGCGUGGCCGACGCGUCCGUCAUGCCGCUGAUCGUGCGCUGCAACACCAACGUGCCGGCCAUCAUGAUCGGCGAGAAGUGCGCCCACAUGGUCGCCCAGCACUGGCGCCGCCGCGACGACGCUCACCCGCUCAAGGAGGAGCUGUGAAGGGACAACCUUUCCCGUAUGCCAGUCAAGAUAACCGUUUCACGUAAUUUCGUCCUCAUCAGACCAUAUUCGUAGUGACACAGUAACCUAUCUUACAGCUAAUCUACAGCGUGUUUCAUAUUUCAUGUUACACAUUUCUAAAGGUUGUAGAACGCACUUAAGGAGAUCAGUUUUUACAUAGGAACUCAUGUUCUGAAACGUAAUACGAAGACACUACAGAGCGUCAAAGUUAAUAGGUGCCGGUGUCUAUACAGGGUGUUACAAAAAGGUACGGCCGAACUUUCAGGAAACAUUCCUCACACAAAGAAAGGAAAUAUGUUAUGUGGAUAUGUGCCCGGAAACGCUUACUUUCCAUGUUAGAACUCAUUUUAUUACUUCUCAUCAAAUCACAUUAAUCGUGGAAUGGAAACACACAGCAACAGAACGUACCAGCGUGACUUCAAACACAAUGUUACAGGAUAUGUUCAAAAGUCCACCGUUAGCGAGGAUACAUGCAUCCACCCUCCGUCGCAUGGAAUCCCUGAUGCGCUGAUGCAGCCCUGGAGAAUGGCGUAUUGUGUCACAGCCGUCCACAAUACGAGCACGAAGAGUCUCAACAUUUGGUACCGGGGUUGCGUAGACAAGAGCUUUCAAAUGCCCCCAUAAAUGAAAAUCGAGAGGGUUGAGGCCAGGAGAGCGUGGAGGCCAUGGAAUUGGUCCGCCUCUACCAAUCCAUCGGUCACCGAAUCUGUUGUUGAGAAGCGUACGAACACUUCGACUGAAAUGUGCAGGAGCUCCAUCGUGCAUGAACCACAUGUUGUGUCGUACUUGUAAAGGCACAUAUUCUAGCAGCACUGGUAGAGUAUCCCGUAUGAAAUCAUGAUAACGUGCUCUAUUGAGCGUAGGUGGGACGAAACUAAAAUGAGCUCUAACAUGGAAAGUAAGCGUUGCCGGACACAUGUCCACAUAACAUCUUUCCUUUAUUUGUGUGUGAGGAAUGUUUCCUGAAAGUUUGGCCGUACCUUUUUGUAACACCCUGUAUACAGGAUGAAAAGUAUUUAAACCGACAAACUCUGGGAGGUUGUAGGGGACAUCAAAACAAAUAUUUUUCCCUAAUGUCAUUUUUCCCAAUGAGGAGUGUUUAAACCAGUAGAGGAAGAUUUCUCUGGCGGCAAAUUAAUUAAACCAACAAACACUUUUCCAUUUUUUUAAUGACCAAGAGACAACACAUUAACACAGCCCAGUUUCAAUUACAGUAGAUUUUCAAAAAUGCUUCCAUUGACACGUAAACAAAGGUUACACCGUCGGAUCAUGUUCUGUCUGACACGGGCAAAAAGCCCCAGGAGUAUCCUGAAUUGUUCCUGCUGCUGCUACUAUCCGGGCAACCAGAUCCUCUUCUGAUGCAACAGGGGUUGCGUAAACAAGAUUGCGCAUCUCUCACCACACAAAAAAGUCCAGAGGGGACAUACCUGGGGACUGAGCAGGCCGUGGUAUAGGACCACCUCUGGCAAUCCACGUUUCUGGGAACCGUCGGCCCAGGAAUCGACGCACACGACGACUGAGAUGUGCCGGCGCCCCGUCGUCUUGGAACCACAUUCGUUGUCUUGUAGGGAGCGGGACGUCUUCCAGCAAUUCUGUCAACGCUCUGGCGAGAAAAUUGUAAUAGUGCCUGCCAUUUAAUGGCCCAGGUAGCGGAUAAGGCCGAAUUAAAUGGUCCCCAACAACACCGACCCAAACAUUAACGAAGAACCGCACUUGAUGGGCGCUAGUAACUGUGGCAUGUGGGUUAUAUCCUCACUCCAAACAUGCGAAUUGUGCAUGUUGAAGACUCCAUCAAGCCCGAACUUUGCUUCAUCGGUAAACAACACAGAGGAUGGAAAUGUAGGAUGCAUUUCACAGUGUCCCAGGUACCACUGCGAAAACUGUGCUCUGGGUGGAUAAUCAACUGGUUCCAGGUUGUGGACACGCUGUAAGUGAAAUGGACGUAACAAUUGCUCUCGAAGGACUGUUCUUACAUUCGUCUGAUUCGUCCCCAUGUUACGUGCAAUUGCACGAGUGCUGAUUGAAGGAUCCCGCUCCACAUGCUGCAAGACAGCUUCCUCAAAUUGCAACGUUCUUACCGUGCGACGGCGUCCCAGUCCAGGUAAUCUGCUAAAUGACCCGGUCUCACGCAGACGUUGGUAUACAGCAGCAAAGGUCGUAUGAUGCGGGAUACGGCGAUUAGGAUAUUGUUGUUGAUAAACCCACUGUGCAGCUCGUCCGUUGUGGUGCGCUACGUAGUACGCACCAACCACAUCAGUGUACCCACUUCAGGUGUAUCGCUCCAUUAGUAAACAGAGACAAUCCACUACUACACUGGUCGACAGCAGUUGCCUACAACUGAAGAGCGUAAUAUGCCCUCUAACAACUGAAGAUCGUAAUACGGUCUCUAACAACUGAAGAGCGUAAUACGGCGUCCACCAGUUUAAAUACUCCUCAUAGGAAAAAAUGACAUUAGGGAAAAAUAUUUGUUUUGAUGUCCCCUACAACCUCCUAGAGUUUUUCGGUUUAAAUACUUUUCACCUUGUAAGCGUGCAUAUACAGGGUGAUCACGUGAUGAUGUUACAAACUUUCUAGGAUGAUGGAGAAGGAUUAAUCUAUCAAUUUGAGGUAAGGGCCUCUGUUGGUUGGUUGAUUUGGGGAAAGGGGACCAAACAACGAGGUCAUCGGUCCCAAGUAAGGGAGUCGAAAUUUACAAGCGAAAACCGUUCUGACACGUCUGACAGUGGAAUAUAUGUUUCGGUACCGUUGCUGUUAAGAUUGUAGGGUAGUCAGCUUUCAGAGGUAGUAGUAUGGACCAAAACAAGAAAAAAAGUCCAUUAAACAUGGACUCUAAAACGCAUACCUUAAGAGCUAUGAGCCCUUGUUGAAUAGAUGUACUGGGACAGAAUCAGGGUAUCGUAUACCGUAUCCUAUACUUGAGACGAAUCCAGAAAGUUUAUUAAUUUGUGAAUCAGACUUAACAAGGGGUUGAAUUAAAUUGUGCCUCCAUAUGAAAGCACAUUUUCUGUUUUCCACCAACACGGAGGACUAUCCUACAAUCGCCCUUUUGUAUUAUUUUGUAUUUCUGAUGUGUGGAGUUCAAAAUCAAAUACACCUCUCCCGAAGCAGUUCGAUGCAACUCUCAAAAAUUCUGGAGAAAAUAGACUUGUAAAUUUUCCGGCAUUGCUUAAGAUGCUAAACUAAUAUAGAAUGUUUUGACGAACAGUGUGUCUCUCUAGUUGCGUGCUUGUUCGCUGCAUGGAGACCUGGGUUCGAUUCAUGGUAGAUUGGAAUUUUUAAAGAAAGGCGCACGUUCUAUGAGCAUUUUACGCGAAGCAUAGAAUGAAAAAUGGUAGAAAUAAUAUAGUUUGUAAAUUUUUUUCACUAUACAGUCUUGAUUAACAAUCUUGUAUAAAAGACCCGUUACUAAGAAUUUUAAUGAAAACUGUAAGGUUGUGUAUAGUAUAUAGUUAGAAAUAAGGAGACUUGGAUCUUUCAUAAAAAUGUCUAUUAGAUGUGUUAAUUACCACAUAUUUCAUAAAUUUAAUGUUUAAAUGACGUAGGUAUUCGAACUGAAUACAAAAAACGAAAAAAAUAGUAACCAAAAUGAGACUCUAUACAUUUCUUUUUUUGUACUGUAGUUAUCAGUUCUUUUAUUUUCAAGAACUGAUGCAGUCGCACCGGCCAGUUCGAGAAGUAUGUCGAUAACGUAUCUCGAAAAAUUUGGUGUUCUUCUAUUGUUUUCGAUUUCACCAAACAUAGACGAAUGGACUAGUAGCGAGAUAUAAACGCUUCUGCUUUUUGACGAAAGUGAGAUUAUGUGACAAUGAUUGUCUAGAAAACUUACGUAUAUAAGCGACUGUGUGCAAAUUCGUAUCUCUAACAUCUUUGCAUUUCCGGUGUGCCUUCUACUCAAAUACACGGAGCAAACAGCUAUCAAACGUGUGAUUGACUGCCGACGGAUUUCUGACCGGCAAUUAAUCACAGAGAUAUUUUAAACGCGGAUUAACCGCAGUCACAGGACCUUGCUUAUUUUGAUGGACUCAGCUACGGGUGUCUCUCCUACAGUCGUCAUGUGCGUUUCCUUUGUGUUUCAGGAGAUAUUUGCAAUUUUGUUAUUGCUCGAGUCGCCCCAAAUAAGUACUGCUCGUCACAAGUUUCUUGCAAACGCUCAGUGGCAACGGAAAGCGUCGGUUUGUUUCCAAUUAUAAGCAAAAUGAUGUACCAAGCGGAAUUGUUUCUGCCCACGCGACAGAGCGAUACCAAAUCAGCCUAGUGCGAUAUUCGUUUUAUCGAUAUGUGUUACCGUAAUAGUGGCAGUAAACAGAAAGAAUAGUCAGUAGGAAAAAAAAAACAACAGAUCUCAUAUAUAUAUGUAACUGGGAAAUUGACAAUGUUUCUUUGUUUCUGUAAGAUGGGAACUGUGUAACUAUGAGUAUGUUUGAACGUGUCAGACUGUGUCGGAGACCAGUAUUCUUGAAAUAAUAAACAGCUUUCGACUCAGUGGUACAAGGGAAGAGUUGUCUUUCUUUUAUGUUCAAUCUGACGCCAUAGGGGGUGUAUGAAAUUCCAUUUUCACAGACCAGUAACAUUAACUGGUCCUGAAGACAGAGCGCUGUUGCUCUGUCACUAGAUAAGUUCAGUAAUUUUUAUCGUCAAUAACGUUCGACGCGCUCAAUGUAUUCCUAGUAUUAGUUAUCAAACGUAAGGCCUUCACAUUUUGUACCUGGGUUGUGACUCAACCGUUCAAUAUUUGCAGAAAGUCAUAUUUAUGUACCACCAAGAGCUGCUGAUAAAAUAAAAUUUUAUUUUCUA